GGACUAUACUCUAUGCUCUUUGCCUUAUGCAAUUGUCAAUUGGAAAAUGUCAUUAGCACGCGUUGCGAUCAGUUCCUGUGUGUCGGUGUCGAGGCAGGUUAUCGCUGGCAGUAGCCACUGCUUGCGGGGUUUGGCCAGUACGUCUGUUGUUUUUAAUCAAAAACACCGUAACAAAAUGUUUAUCGCUGAAGAAAGAGGAUCACCUUACGCACCCGACUAUAGGGUUUUCUUCAGAGAUGAGAGCGGGCCCGUUUCCCCGCUGCACGACAUCCCGCUGUGGGCGGACCGCGCGCGCCGCCUGGCCCACAUGGUGGUCGAGGUGCCGCGCUGGACCAACGCCAAGAUGGAGAUCAGCCUCGGCGAGACCCUCAACCCCAUCAAGCAGGACGUAAAGAAAGGCGCACUGCGUUACGUCAGCAACGUGUUCCCUCACCACGGCUACAUCUGGAACUACGGCGCGCUGCCGCAGACGUGGGAGGACCCGCGCCACGUGGACCCCGGCACCGGAGCCCGCGGCGACAACGACCCCAUCGACGUGAUCGAGAUAGGGUCGCGCGUGGCGCAGCGCGGCGACGUGCUCACCGUGAAGAUACUGGGCGCGCUGGCGCUCAUCGACGAGGGCGAGACCGACUGGAAACUGAUCGCUAUCGACGCGCGCGACCCCGACGCCGAGCGGCUGAGCGACGUCGCCGACCUGGAGAAGGUGCGGCCCGGCCUGCUGCGAGCCACGCUCGAGUGGUUCCGUCUGUACAAGGUGCCCGACGGCAAGCCGGUCAACGUGUUCGCUUUCGACGGCGAGGCAAAGGACGCCGCCUUUGCGCACCGCGUCAUCGACGAGGUGCACGAGUUCUGGCGCGCGCUGGUCAGCGGCGAGGCGGAAGCCAGCGACAUUUGCAAGAGCAACGUGAGCGUGGCGGGCAGCGCGCACCGCGUGCCGCGCGACCAGGCCGCCGCCGCGCUCGCCGCCGCGCCGCCGCCCGCGCAGCCGCAGGCUCUGCCCGACACCGUUGUUUAA